AUGAAAAACCAAUCGCCAAUCCUCGGUGCCAUACCAGCGCCGAGUGAGAGAUCAAGACGUGAUUUCCAGAGGGCGACUAAUAUCAACCGCUGGCUGUUGACACCGCUCGGCAUAUGGCUGAGAGAAAUCGACAUUGAUGUCACGGAAAAAGUGCUGUCAGGCCUGGCAGUCAUCGUUUGCUAUUUUCUCAUAUUUUCCCUCCUCAUCCCCUGCGCUCUGCACACAUUUCUGGUGGAAAAAAGCGCCAGAAAGCAGAUGAAGAUGAUAGGGCCGAUGAGCUUCUGCGUAAUGGCGAUCAUCAAGUAUUUCUUCAUGAUCAUGAGGAGAGAAAAAAUCCGCGUCUGUUUCAACCACCUCGACGUCGACUGGCGAAGGGUGAAGAGCCCUCAGGACCGAGAGAUCAUGAUGAGUGACGCUAAAAUUGGACGGUUCAUCGCGAGUUUGUGCGCCACUUUCACGUACAGCGGGGGAUUUUUCUUUCGCACUAUUCUACCGUUCGCUGUGCCGAGAAAGGUUCUGCCGGACAAUACGACAAUGCGACCGCUCAUAUAUCCGGUUUACAGGGCGUUAUUCAAUUCGCAGAAGACACCGGCUUAUGAAAUUGUAUUCGCCACUCAGUGGGUCAGUGGUCUCGUUAUGUAUACCAUUACAGUUGCUACUUGCAGUCUCGCUGCUGUUCUCACUCUACAUGCGUGUGGUCAACUGAAAAUUGUCAUGUCACGCAUUGAUGAUUUCGUGGGGAGCAGUGUCGACACUGAGAAAAUGUUGACGGAUAGACUGGGGGAAAUUGUGGAGCUUCAUCAUCGCGCACUGCAACUUGUGGUAAAAAUCGAGGGGAUCCUGAACGAAAUAUGCUUCGUGGAGUUCAUAGGGUGCACCAUGAACAUAUGUUUCCUGGGGUAUUACACUAUUACGGAGUUGGAGCAAGGUAAAACAUCAGCAAUAGCUUUAGUGACGUACACCUUCCUGAUGACAUCAUUCACGUUUAAUAUAUUCAUAUUUUGCUACAUCGGAGAACUUUUGAAUCAGCAGGGGAGAAAAGUUGGAACGACUGCAUACAUGAUUGAAUGGUACGAACUUCCAGGGAAGAGUGCGUGCGGUUUAAUUUUACUCCUGGCGAUGUCCAACAGUCCGAUCACAAUCACGGCCGGAAAAAUGGUGGAAUUAUCCUACGCGACGUUCUGCAAUGUCCUCAAAACAGCGAUGGCUUAUUUCAAUCUCUUGAAGUCUGUGAUCUUGUGAUCGAUGAUUUUUAUUCACUAUAUCUCGGAUGGUGAA